GCGGCCGCGGCAGCGAACGGGACACCGGGAAUCCCCGAGUGUCGGAACCGAACAUGCUGCUUUGAUCAGCCGGAUGGAACGCGUUCGAUGCGCUAUUAAAGAACUCUUUGAUCUAGGAUUUAAACUGCUUUUGCGUUCCUUCCACUCAUGAGGCAGCCUCCGACUGAGUUUGAUAGCAUGGCACUGAGCGGAACGAUUUUGCCCUCCAUCUCCACCUUCGCGAGCGGCACCGAUGUGAAGCACAAGGCCGUGUUGGGACCCGGAGCUGCCGGUUCAAGAUGGAAGGAGGAGAUGUCUCACCUGAAACGCCCCUGCAUGUCUACAGGUGCGACCUGCGCUGACCAGGACGUCCCGCCAGUCAUGGCCAAGAUUGAGCCGGAGGAGCUGGAGCUGCUGGACUAUGACUUUAUUCUGUCGAACAGCUUGCUUCAACAGCAACAACAGCAGCAGGCCAGCACUUCCAGGACUAUCCCAGCAUCGUCCCCUACACACUACACCUUCCCCAUGCCCUCUCCUCAGGGCCAGGAGGGCAGCAUGCUGUACACCAUCCCAGAUAUCAGCGACGUUUCUCCAUCAGGAGGUUUCGUGGCUGAAUUAAUGAGGCCGGAAUUGGAUCCUGCGUAUCUCCAACCUACAAGCCUCCACGGGAAAUUUGUAGUCAAGACCACUAUGGACAUGUCUGAUUACAACCAGGGGGUUAGCAUUAGCAAGGAUGCUUCCGCGGUCCCGUUUGCAUGUCCUAGAAUAAAGCAGGAGUGUCCGAGCACAUGUACGGCCAGCCGGCCCAUGGAUCUGCAUCUCAGAGGGAGCUCGGCACAGUCUGGAGUGCAUCAGGGCUCGAUGUUGGACCCUCACGCGUUUAGUUCAGGACGGGGCGCCAGAUCUUCACUGUCUCCGGAUGAGCAUCCACAGGCUCCGGGGCUCGGCUCCGGAUAUCACCCAAAUACAGCUUAUUCUGGAUUUCCGCAGGCUCCGGCACAGUCACUGCAGUACCAAGAGCUCAUUUCCCCAGCCGAGGGGUUGCCGGAAGAAUCCAAACCCAAGCGGGGCCGGCGCUCCUGGCCAAGGAAGCGGAUCGCCACACACACCUGUGACUACGCCGGCUGCGGGAAAACAUACACUAAGAGCUCACACCUGAAAGCCCACCACAGGACACACACAGGAGAAAUGCUGCACUGUGACCAGAACACCUAUGAGCGCACAUAUGUCAAGACUUCUGGUGUUGUUUAUAGUAACUAAAAAUAUAUAAAUUAAAAUACAUAUUAAAAAUAAAUAAAUAAAUAAA